ACCGGGAAGUAUGCGGGCCUCGUGUGGGAGAACGACGACAAGAGCAUCUUCAGGAUACCGUGGAAGCAUGCGGGCAAGCAGGACUACAACCGGGACGAGGAUGCCGCUCUCUUCAAGGUACUGUAUGAUACCGGGCCUCAACGGAAUGUCUCCCAGAUGUUGCAUUUACGCACUGCAUUUGUGAGAGAUGUGUAUUAUACACUUGACCAACAUGUUGGACAUUUAGUUGUGUUGGUUGCAAACACAGAACUAUUAGACUAAUGAUGAGUUCAGUUCGUGCGCAUUGGGUAGGUUGAAGUGCCAAAUCCAUGACGCAUAGGACUUGUCUUCAACUCAUGCACAACUGCGCCGGUGAUUCGUUACCCAUGUCUCACCGCUCAGUUUUGUGUGACCUUCCUGCAGGCUUGGGCGCUGUUUAAAGGCAAGUUUCGCGAGGGCAUCGACAAACCGGACCCGCCAACGUGGAAGACGCGACUGCGGUGCGCGCUCAACAAAAGUAACGACUUCGAAGAGCUCGUGGAGAAGAGUCAGCUGGACAUCUCAGACCCCUACAAAGUCUACCGGAUCAUACCGGAGGGCGCCAAGAGACGUCAGUAGAAUUAUAUUCUAUCAAUUCUACCCAUUAUUCUACGCAAUUUAAGUGGCCUUCUAAUUCAUGCAAUAUGAAAAUAGUGGUUAGAAAAUAGGUUAUCGAAAGUUAUAAAAUCAACUUCUUGUUUUUAUCAUAUACACCACUAUCAGUAGGAAACAGAGAUGCCACCCACUCACUCAAUGCCCCAAUGAGUUUUGAUAGGGGGGUAGGGUUUUGAUAGAGGGUAGGGUUUUAAUAGGGUUUUGAUAGGGGGGUAGGGUUUGAUAGGGUUUUGAUAGGGGCCAGUGAGUUCUGUACAAAUACACAUCAGUAUGCUGGAUAAUCAGGCUGCAAAACCACAAGACACUUUGAAUUAGUUACAGCCAACUGUAGGAUAAAGUCCUGAUUAUGCUUAUGCAUGUGUAAUAAUUAAUGUAUGAUUCUCUUAUGAACUUUGAGAGUGCAUUGAAUGUGUGUCUGUCUGUGUUUUGUUUAAAUUAUUACUCCUGUGUAACAGAUUUCUUGCUAUCAGGAUCCAAACAGGAGGAUGGUGGCAGCCCGCUGAGUCCCCCGAGCUAUCCCAUGCACCCCUCUUACCCCACCCUACAGACUCAGGUAACUAUUACAAGGAAGGCUGUGUGUGCGUGCAUGUGUGCAGUGUUGGGGAAGAUACUCUGAAAAUAUAGUUUACCAAUUACUUCACACUGGAAGAAGUUAAGCUACCCUUAAGAAAAAUAUAGUUUACUUAACUAAAGUUACUGUGAAAAAAGUAGUUCACUACAUCAAAACUACUUUAAAAUGUGAAAUGGCAUAGAAUACAGAUUGCAAGAACAGAUCACUCUGGAGACAGAUGUUAACAGAAUGUGUAAUUUAGCCUAUUAAACACAAACUAUGUUUCAAGUGAGAAUUAGUCAGGUCUGAUGCCAAAAAAGAAAGUAGUGCAUAGUUCCAGUAGUUAGCUACACCACUACAUCGCAAGAAAGUAAUUAACUACUGAAAACACUACCAAGAUUUGAAUUUAGUUCAACUUCCACCAAGUUACUGCAACAUGUAGUUAAAUGACUAGUUGAAUUACAUGUAGUUCACUACUCCCCAACACUGCGUGCAUGUGUGUGUGUGAGCCAGAGAGAGAGAGACAGCUGCACGAAUCUCUGUCUCUAUGUGUGUAGAUGCGAUGGUUUGACUGACAGGUAUCUCCCUCUGUCUCUAUGUGUGUAGAUGUCGGGGUACAUGCCCAGUGCAGAGCGAGGCUGGAUGAGGGACUAUCUUCCAGAGCAGGCCUCUCUCCCUGAGCUGCCCUAUGCCCAGUGCUCCUACCCCUCACGCAGCCUACCCUGGGCCCAGGGCCCCAGCAUGGACAACGGUAGGCCUAAUACCACAGCAUCCAUGUUUGUUUGAGUGAGAGAAUGUAAUUUCGGGUGUGUAGAUGUGUAGUCAGAAUCAGAAUCACCUUUAUUCACCCAAUACAUUUGCAUGUACAGGAAUUUGACUUGGUGAAAUGGUGCUGCCACAAUACACAGAGUAAACAGACAGAUGAUAAACAGGAUAUACAGACAACAUACUGUAUGUAGAAGCCGACAUUACACACAUCCACAAGCUGUAUGUACACUGUAAGCUAAGAACUACAAGCUACACUAUAAACACUAAGUUACAUUAUAAAUUAUGUAUGUAGAGAUGUAUAAAUGAAUAAACUAUUUUACAGGAUGAUGUGCGGUGGGGGAAAUAUGUAAAUGAAAAAGAGUCGGGUGCAUAUGAGGAUGUGCAGAGAGUGUAAAGAGCAAUUUGCCGUUCUAGGAUGAUAGUGCAGGGUGCAUAGUCUAUGAAUUAGAAGAUUUAUCAUGGCCCAGUUGGUGAGGGUCAAGAAGCUGUUCAGGUGGCGGGAGUUAUGUUCAGAUGGGCCUUUAUCCUAACUUGACAUCUGCUCAAAUAACUCGCUUUUCGCGUAAGUCUUCCAUUGACAUCAAUGCGUGAUUGAGGUCCUGUCUCUCUGUUUGCAGGCUACCAGAUCACAGGGUCCUUCUACACCUACCCUACUGAUGGCCAGCCCUCCCCCUUCACACUGGACACCAGCAUGAGAUCAGCUGAGGCACUCUCUGGUACAAUACACACACACACACACACACACACACACACACACACACACACACACACACACACACACACACACACACACACACACACACACACACACACACACACACACACACACACACACACACACACUUCAUGUAUGACCCACGUAAUUGGUAUUAUAUUGUGUUAGCUAAACACCUUGAUUUGAUGCUGUUUCUCUGACCCUUACUCCCUCCUCCACCCCAGAUAUGCGGUUACAUGUGUCAGUGUUCUACCGGGACUCCUUGUGGAGGGAGGUGACCACCUCCAGUCCUGAAGGCUGUCGCAUCACUCCCUGCUCCCCAGACGACAAGCUCUAUUCCCCCACUGGAGGUCCAGACCUGGUGCCCCUACCCCUGGACAGCCUCCCAGCCCUGGGGAAGGGGGAGGAGUGCCCCCCCAGCCCCCCUGGUGGUACCCUGGAGAGGGGCGUGUUGCUGUGGAUGGCCCCAGAUGGCCUCUACGCUCGGCGGCUGUGCCAGGAGAGAGUGUUCUGGGAAGGAGGGUUAUCACCCUACGGAGACAAACCUAACAAGCUGGAGAGGGAACACACCUGUAAACUACUGCACACACAGGACUACCUCGCAGGUGAGUUAACGUACACUGCAGGCAUGCAGGCAGGCGGACACGCACCCACACACGUGUGUCUCAUUCACUGGCAAACCAAACCACUCUGUUGUCAUGCUGUUUCCUGGUCAUGGACAGGAAGCAGAUAUGUCCUCAUUUCCUAUACAUAUGUUGAGAUUGCCUCCAUACUCCCUACAACACACUUUUAAGAAUGACACAUAGUAGUGACCUCAUCCCCGCCCACCUACCACAGAUGUGUUCAGCCUGAUUGGUCUAAUUUGCAUAUAGAACCAGGAGUUUCCAUCCAGUCACACAUCCUCUAAAGUCACCACUACACCAGCUCAUAAGAAUUCACUUUGACCUAAAUUAAUUAACCCUUUCUCGAUACAAUGUACCCUCCCUGCAAACCUAUCUACCAAACCCUACCCUCUAGAUCGAAUCCCCUUUCCCCUUCCUGUCUGGAAGACCUGCAAUCUCUCCUCUCUACCUCACCUCUCCCUCCCUGUUUGUCUCAGAGCUGCAGGGCUAUGCCCUCCACGGUCGGCCGCCUCCACGCCACUCCUCUGUACCUAAACUAACCAUCUAGACCCUAUUAACCACUUAUUUCUCUCUGUCUACCAGAGUUGCAGGGCUAUGCCCUCCACGGCCGGCCCCCUCCACGUCUCCAGGUGAUGCUGAGCUUUGGAGACGAGUGUCUGGACCCGCAGAGACAGAGGAGGACCCUCACUGUACAGGUACAGUAUAUAACUUUCACCCAACAUCAACAUGACCUCUACUACCGGUCUUCAACCCCCCUCUCUACUUUACUCACACCCCAUCACCUAAUCCUGGCCCUCUCUACACCCCCUAACCUCCCUCCACUCUACUCAUCUCAAAUCAAAUAGUAUUUGUCACAUGCUUCGUAAACAAUAGAUGGAGACCAAUGGUGUAAAGUACUUAAGUAAAAAUACUUUAAAGUAGUACUUAAGUAGUUAUUUGGGGUAUCUGUACUUUACUUUACUAUUUAUAUUUUUGACAACUUUUACUUCACUACAUUCCUAAAGAAAAUGAUGUACUUUUUACUCCAUACAUUGUCCCUGACACCCAAAAGUACUUGUUACAUGAUGAAUGCUUAGCAGGACAGGAAAAUGGUCCAAUUGAUGCACUUAUCAAGAGAACACGUGGUCAUCCCUACUGCCUCUGAUUUGUCAGACUCACAAAAUACAAAUGCAUCGUUUGUAAAUUAUGUCUGAGUGUUGGGGUGUACCCCUGGCUAUUCGUAAAUUUUUAAAACAAGAAAAUGGUGCCGUCUGCUUUGCUUAAUAUAAGGAAUUUGAAAUGAUUUAUACUUUUACGUUUCAAUACUUAAGUAUAUUUUAAUGAUUACAUUUACUUUUGAGACUUAAGUAUAUUUAGAACCAAAUACUUUUACUCAAGUAGUAUUUUACUGGGUGAUUUCACUUUUACUUGAGUAACUUUCUAUUAAGAUAUCUAUACUUUUACUCAAGUAUGACAGUUCGAUACAUUUUCCACCACUGGUGUAGACUAACAGUGAAAUGCUUACUUAUGGGCCCUUCCCAACAAUGCAGAGAGAAAAAAGGUGUGAUUUUUCACCGCUCUGCUGACAAGUAUUUGUCUCCCUUAAUACAGGAGUAAUUAAGGCCUGGUGCACAAUUUUUGUUGUGUUAAAUAUAUACAGUACCAGUCAAAAGUUUGGACACACCUACUCAUUCAAGGGUUUUUCUUUAUUUUUACUAUUUUCUACAUUGUAGAAUAAUAGUGAAGACAUCAAAACUAUGAAAUAACACAUAUGGAAUCAUGUAGUAACCCAAAAAGUGUUAAACAAAUCAAAAUAUAUUUUAUAUUUGAGAUUCUUCAAAGUAGCCACCCUUUGCCUUGAUGACAGCUUUGCACACUCUUGGCAUUCUCUCAACCAGCUUCAUGAGGAAUGCUUUUCCAACAGUCUUGAAGGAGUUCCCACAUAUGCUGAGAACUUGUUGGCUGCUUUUCCUUCACUAUGAGGACCAACUCAUCCCAAACCAUCUCAAUUGGGCUGAAGUCGAGUGAUUGUGGAGGCCAGGUAAACUGAUGCAGCACUCCAUCACUAUACUUCUUGGUCAAAUAGCCCUUACACAGCCUGGAGGUGUGUUUUGGGUCAUUGUCCUGUUGAAAAACAAAUGAUAGUCCCACUACGUGCAAACCAGAUGGGAUGGCGUAUCGCUGCAGAAUGCUGUGGUAGCCGUGCUGGUUAAGGGUACCUUGAAUUCUAAAUAAAUCACUGACAGUGUCACCAGCAAAGCACUCCAACACCAUCACACCUCCUCCUCCAUGCUUCACGUUGGGAACCACACAUGCAGAGAUCAUCCGUUCACCUACUCUGCGUCUCACAAAGACACGGCGGUUGGAACCAAAAAUCUAUUAUUUGGACUCAUCAGACCAAAGGACCGAUUUCCACCAGUCUAAUGUCCAUUGCUCGUGUUUCUUGGCCCAAGCAAGCCUCUUCUUCUUAUUGGUGUCCUUUAGUAGUGGUUUCUUUGCAGCAAUUCGACCAUGAAGGCCUGAUUCACACAGUCUCCUCUGAACAGUUGAUGUUGAGAUGUGUCUGUUACUUCAACUCUGUGAAGCAUUUAUUUGGGCUGUAAUUUCUGAGGCUGGUAACUCUAAUGAACUUAUCCUCUGCAGCAGAGGUAACUCUGGGUCUUCCUUUCCUGUGGCGGUCCUCAUGAGACCCAGUUUCAUCAUAGUGCUUGAUGGUUUUUGCGACUGCACUUGAAGAAACUUUCAAAGUUCUUGACAUUUUCCGGAUUGACUGACCUUCAUGUCUUAACUUAAUGAUGGACUGUCGUUUCUCUUUGCUUAUUUGAGCUGUUCUUGCCAUAAUAUUACAUUUACAUUACAUUUUAGUCAUUUAGCAGACGCUCUUAUCCAGAGCGACUUACAGUUAGUGAAUACAUAUUUUUUUUUUUAUACUGGCCCCCCGUGGGAAUCGAACCCACAACCCUGGCGUUGCAAACGCCAUGCUCUAUCAACAUCCCUGCCGGCCAUUCCCUCCCCUACCCUGGACGACGCUGGGCCAAUUGUGCGCCGCCCAUGGACUUGGUCUUUUACCAAAUAGGGCUAUCUUCUGUAUACCCCCCCCUACCUUGUCACAACACAACUGAUUGGCUCAAACGCAUUAAGAAUAAAAUAAAUUCCACAAAUUAACUUUUAACAAAGGCACACCUGUUAAUUGAAAUGCAUUCCAGGUGACUACCUCAUGAAGCUGGUUGAGAAAAUACCAAGAGUGUGCAAAGCUGUCAUCAAGGCAAAGGGUGGCUACUUUGAAGAAUCGUAAAUCUCAAAUAUAUUUUGAUUUGUUUAACACUUUAUUGGUUACUACGAUUCCAUACGUGUUAUUUCAUAUUUUUUAAAACAUUUUAGUCAUUUAGCAGACGCUCUUAUCCAGAGCGAGUUACAGUUUUAGUGAGUGCAUACAUUUUUCAUACUGGCCCCCCGUGGGAAUCGAACCCACAACCCUGGCGUUGCAAGUGCCAUGCUCUACCAACUGAGCUACAGGAGGCCAGUACAGUUUUGAUGUUUUGAUGUCUUCACUAUUAUUCUACAAUGUAGAAAAUAGUAAAAAUUAAGAAAAACCCUUGAAUGAGUAGGUGUGUCCAAACUUUUGACUGGUACUGUGUAUAUAUAUAUAGUUUUGUACUUUUUUUUGUGGGGGGGUAUUUAUCAGGGGUUGCUGCAGCACCCUCAGCACCCCUACGUCCUGCGGCUAUGCCCCGUUACCACCGCCACCACCUCCCAGUGACACCAGUACUGAUCCCUGCUGUUCCCCUCCGCCCCUGCAGGUGGAGCCCAUGUUCGCCAGGCAGCUCCUGUACUACACCCAGCACCAGCAGACCAGCGGACACUACUACCGCAGCUACGACCUCUCCCUCCCAGGGGUCACGGAACACAGCAUGACACCUGCCUUAACCGAGGACUACCAGAGGGUCAUCGCGCAUCACCAUAGCAACACCCUGCAGGACUGACAGAUCUGAACAUCUCUGAUCACAUUCAGACUGCGGUGCAGGACAUGGGGAGAGGAGGAGACGGGAGAAAGCCUGGGGAGAGGAGGAGAGUCGUUUCACUGUACUCUGGAUCCCAGAUUUCACUCAAAGCCGAAGCAGAACUAUGCCACUCCAAUCCAAGACAAACUGAACCAAGCCAGGCCAGACUGAACUGAACCAAGCCAGGCUAUGGAGGAACAUACACCGGGACCAUUGAAGAGACUGUAACAGAUAGUUGUAUACUGUAGAUGUGUUUGUGUUUUGUAAGGACUCAAGGGAAUCAAUGCCCCAACAUUUCUUUGGACCAAACUUUAUUUCAACAUCUCUCAGGGAGCCGUCCUUCGGCCUUAGAGACCCAAACUUGAUUGACAUUUUGUGUUUCAACGUCCACUUUCUGACAGCAACAGAACUGACAGCUGUAGUGAUUGUAUCGACAUAUGUGUUUUUGUAUGUGCUUAAUUGUGUUUGCUCAAUUUCUUCUGUAAAUAUGUUUUACAUUUUACCUGACUACUGUUGCUACUACUGUAUGCAGAUUUCCCAGCAUCAAUACUGAAUAAUAGGGAAUAAUGUAAUAGAGAUUACCAAAGACUGCCUCUGAGAUUGGACAACACUGACUAGCAUGCUGAAUCUUCGAUAAGAUCAGUGAGAUUGGACUACACUGAAACACUGACUAGCAUGCUGAACCCUUCGAUAAGCUCAGUCUGUCAUACAUACGGAA